AUGGAUUAUGUCAAUUUAAAAUCCAAAAUCCGUGAUAAUCUUUCCAAAUUGCAGAAAUUCACAGGUAAGAGUGAAGUCAUUAAAAUUAUGUUUGAUGUUAUCACGGAUUUAGUUUCAUUGGAAGAAAAUUCAAUUUCCCAGAUCAAGGCGCUUCAAUCCGAAUCCACUUUAAUUAAGCCUAAGCCAACCGAUAUUUUGCUUCAACAUGAUGACCCAAAUUGUGUUUCACUACAAUCAAUUAAUCUUUUUGCUGACUUAUUGUUAUGUCCCCAGGAAGUUGAGGUCUAUAAUGUUCUCUCAUUGUGGACCAACUACAUGAAUUUUGAGAUCAUCUACAAUUCGCUUAUCAGUGGGCUCGAUCCGAAAAUAUUAAAUGAGAAGAUUGCAUCUCACAAAAAUGUCAUGUUUAUGGUGUUAACAUCCGACAAUUUCGUUUUUGGGA